UAUAUAAAGUGAAUCACACAAGGUGACCCCUUUUGGGUCUGGUUUCCUCACGCGACAUCAAGUGUGUGUCAGACGUUGGUCCUUUUUCCUUGCUGUAUAGUACUCCGUCCUAGGAACACACCACAGUUUGUGUGUCCAUUCUCCUGUCUCUGGGCACUUGGGCUGUUUCCUGUUUGGGGGCUGUUACUAAAGCUGCGCUGAUUAUUCUUGAACAAGGCAGUUUCGUGGACAUACAUUUUCAGUGCUCAUGGAUAAAUACCUUGCAGUGAGAUCACUGGUUUAUCAGGAUGGCAUAUGUCUAGUUUUAGACUUUAAUUGCUAAAGCAACAUGACUCUUGGGAUGAAUCGGAGUGAUAUGGAGGUGGAUUAAAAAAAGCACGGAGAGGGCUUCCCUGGUGGCGCAGUGGUUGGGAGUCCGCCUGCCGAUGCAGGGGACACGGGUUCGUGCCCCGGUCCAGGAGGAUCCCACAUGCCGUUGAGCGGCUGGGCCCGUGACCCAUGGCCGCUGAGCCUGUGCUCCACGACGGGAGGGGCCCCAACAGUGAGAGGCCCGUGUACUGGGGGGAAAAAAAAAAAAAAAAGCAUGGAGAGCUUCUUUGCCUCUGUUUAAAACACUUCUGUGCCUCUCACCCUUCGGCCCCCUCCCCCUCCCCCGGGCAGGCAAGACUGGGGAAAUUCAUCUACACCUUCCCCAGCUGCUACAAUGUCACAACUGUGUAUCGGUGAGGUGCUGGGAUUCCCGGGAGCCCACAGUCUUAGUGGGAGCUGGCUGCUGUGUCCCUCUGCGAGACCCUGGUCUCUUUCUAUAUGUCCCUACCUGUGUCUCUCAUUGUGUGUGUGUGUGUGUGUGUGUGUGUGUGUGUGCGCGCGCGCGCGCACGUCUGGGUCUGGGCCUUUGUGUGUUUCUGCUGUGUUGUAUCUAUCUCCCAACUCUGUAACUCUGGAUGUCCCUCUCUUUGGCCCUGUCUCUGGUGCCUAGUCUCUGUGUCUCUCUUUCUUUCCCUCUCCCAGCCUGUCAUAGUCUCCCCGCUGGUCCAGGGUGGGGUGGGGUCGCCCUGCAGCCUGGGUUGACCCCUUUUCUUUCCCAACCCCUAUCAGUACCCAGAUGGAGUCUUCUAUGACCUGGACAGCUGCAAGCACUCCAGCUACCCCGACUCAGACGGGGCUCCUGACCCUGGGCCCCCUGGCGUACGCCCCAUACCCCAGCCCCGUGCUGUCAGAGGAAGAGGACCUCCUGCUGGACAGUCCCGCCCUGGAGGUCUCGGACAGCGAGUCGGAUGAGGCCCUCAUGGCUGGCCCCGAGGGGAGGGGAUCUGAGGCAGGGGCCCGCAAGAAGCUGCGCCUGUACCAGUUCCUGCUGGGGCUGCUGACGCGCGGAGACAUGCGCGAGUGCGUGUGGUGGGUGGAGCCGGGCGCCGGGGUCUUCCAGUUCUCCUCGAAGCACAAGGAGCUCCUGGCGCGCCGCUGGGGCCAGCAGAAGGGCAACCGCAAACGCAUGACCUACCAGAAGCUGGCGCGCGCCCUGCGCAACUACGCCAAGACCGGUGAGAUCCGCAAGGUCAAGCGCAAGCUCACCUACCAGUUUGACAGUGCGCUGCUGCCCGGCGCCCGCCGGGCCUGAGCCCGGGGCGGCCUCUCGGGGGCUCUCAGGGGCUCCACGCCUGUGUCACGUGGGCGUCCCCACACCCUAGGUCAUAGGACCCACGGAUCCCCCACCCUGGCUGUGGGGGCGGGGCGCUGCCACAAUCCCUAAGCCCUGCCCAGGGUCCCUCUGGGAUCCCCCCAGUCAUGUCUGGGGCCUCUUUGGGAUUCCCUUGUCAUGUCCAGGGGCCCCAAGAUCUUCAGGUCUUGGGUUGAAGGACCCAGAGACGACUAUACUUAUGUGUCUGUGUGGAGGGGCGGGGCAGGGCAGUGCUUCCAGAAUCCCAAGAGCUUCUCUGGGAUCCCCUUGUGAUGUCUGAGAUCCCUUGUGUGUCUGCGAUCUCCCAGUCUCCUCUAGGGGAGGGUGAGCCUACAGAUCAUCACACCAAGAGGGGGACUCUGCCAGCAACCCUAAGCCCUGUCCAGGGUCUUUCUGGGAUCCCCUUGUCAAGUCUGAGUCCCUCCUGUCCCAUCUGAGAUCUCCUAGUUAUGUCUGGGUCCCUCUGGGAACCCUUUGCAUACAUGUCUCUGUGCCCAUCUGUGACUCUCAUUCUGUCUGUCCCCCCAAAUCCCUUUGUCAUCUUUGAGAUCCCCUAAUUCUCUGGAACCACCCUGCUAUCACUUGUUUAUGUCUGCAAUUCUCCGAUCACCUCUGCGGUGCCCUUGUUUGUCUGGAAUCCUCCAAUCACAUCUGAGGCCCCUCUGGGAUCCUCAUCUGGUAUGCCCUUUUGUGGACCCCACCAACAGCUCCGAGCUCUCCCGGGGACCCUCCGCCUCCUGUAAUGCCCUCCCUAGGGCCAUGCCGGGGAUCGGUGCUGGCCACUCAACUGAUUUCCG